AUGCGGAAAGUCCCUUCACUUACACCUUUAUACCAUUCUACCCUGCCAUGCAAAAGUAAAGGCUGCUCUCCUGACCUUUCCAGUGUUGCUGUGCUAGUUCUGCCUGUAGCCCCCCUUUCUCACCCUCCGCGCACAAAGUCAGCACCACCAAAACACCUACUUCUGCCAACCACCUCACAUCAUCAUGACAAGCUACAUGAUAUCCUCUACUUCCUUCAGCAUUCAUUCUUUUACUUAAACAAACAAAACCACCUGUAUCUUCUUCUUACUUGUCUAUCACCUAAAUCUGCGUCCAUCAUGACGUUAGAUCCAAGACUGCUGUCCAUCCCCUCUGCCAGGCCAACGCCGGGCCCAAUGAUCCCCUAUCAACACCAGUACCAGCAAGAAAGCUCACGCAACCGAUACGGCUCACCCGAGAGUGGCAAUGUGUUUCUUCCCCGGCGUAUCCUCGCGGCUAUUCCCCAGGAUGUCGUGCACGCCACCAACAUCGCUCGCCGCAGAGCGGACGAGGCCUACAGGGGCUUCCUAUUCCUCCAACACGGCUUCAACCAACGCUUCUACCGCCUCUGCCCCAACGAGCCCCGCGUGCGUGCCUCGAACCAUGCCAAAUCCAUCGAUAUGCUGUUCAGCUGGGGCCCAAAGAGCGGAUACACUGCCGAUCCACCCAAAAUACCUACUUGCGCUGUGAAAUUCUACGUUGAAGAGGACGCGUAUCUGAAGUACGCGCAUCGUUACAGGUCUUAUCGACAGAAAUACCUGAAUGGGGCAUAUCUUGCUUGGAUUAAAUCCGAUAUCUUCCUGCGGAACUUCGCUGAUAACACUCCCAUGAGUGCUCUUACCCGUGCCAGGUUCAACAGUUGGUGGACUGGAUACAGAGAUGAGAUGCGAGCCUGGGAGGAGCAGAUUGACAGUCUUGUCCUGCCUAGCUGGGCCUCGAUUAUUAGGGAGCUCAGAGAGAUUAUCGAGCAGCGUUUGGAUCUCGAUAAAGAAUGGGACCGUUGGGUUUAA